AUGCCGCGUCUCAGCCUGGUAAAACCAGUUCAGUGGUUGUUUUCUAUUGUCUAUCUAUUCCUGAUAAUUGUCACCAUUCCCCUGGCAUUUGAUGUUGGUGGUGAUGAUUGUGGUAUAGCUUUCACAUUCGCCUUAACGGCUUUUUACCUAGUAAUGUCUACUAUUCGACUUGUAAGUCGGAAUACCAAGUUUUCGAUACUGGGGUCCAUACUAUAUUACCUGCAACACUUGAUAAUUAUUCCUUCACUGUUGAUUCUGCAUUUGAGUUUAUUUUCUGAAGAAUCAUCUCCUGUAUGGAUGAAAGUUGUUUAUCCGUGGAGCUUCUUUGUAAGACAUGCUACUCCUCUAUUUUCAAUUUUAGAGGGAUUUUGCACUUUACUGGUAAUUCAAGCUACUGGCCAAAUCGCAAGAUGGGCCGUUAGAAAGUCGGAUACUUGGAUGUUUGUCCAGAUUUUAGCUUCCGGUACCAAUCUGACUUUGAGUUUGUAUUUCUUAUACAGGAUCUAUACAUUCCCGGUCGCUAUUGAACUUACAAGUGCAACAUUAAUAGGCGCUGUCUUGACAAUCUCUACUUUUCUUGGUCUAUAUGGUAUUAUAUCCGGUAAGGGUACGCCUGUGGAGUCAAGUAUGCUAUUUUCUUAUACGGUUUAUGGCUUGUAUGUCACAUUCACAGAUUUCCAGUCAUCAAUUACCAGUUCAUUGUUCUUUCCUUUCCUUACUCCUACUGGAGCUGAGCAAACUUCUGCGACGGCUUAUAGCACUCCGGUUAGUACCGCCAACAGUGGUGGUAGCUUGGGUCUAUUGUCAUCAAUUCUGUUAUUGGGUGGCCUUUUGACUAAGACAAGUGAUGCUGGGGUUUCAACUGCAAUUGCAUCAGCUACGUCUACUGUUUCUGCUAUUGGAAGUGAAGCAGUAUCGACUUUGUCGAGGAGUUCACUUAUCAACGGCCUCCCUCAUAGAUAUCAAAACACAGUGCCUCCAUUUCCUCCAAUUAUUAUUACUGGGUACACAAAUUUGGUUACAACACUUGCUGAACUUACUCCUAAGGGGUUUAUUACUGCUUUUGAGUUUUUCCUUGGUACUAUUUCGACAAUUAGUCCCUCUGUGGCUGUCUCCUUGGCAUACCGAUUGUUUGUGUUCUUUGCAGCUACUAGAAUUAUUCCUUCUUUAAAAGCGACCCCACCGCCGACUCCAUCAAACUCCCUGUCACCAACGGCCUCUCCUACCCGAAAUGUUUCGUCGGCUUCCUUGUCAGGGAGUACCUCUAGUACGACAGCAUUGUCGCCUUCAAACAGCAAAGCAAAUCCAACUUAUUCGCGGACCAAUAGUCAUGGUCCUACGACCAUCACUGCUAAAUCUUUUAGUAGCCCAUCGCGGAAACGGAUAUCGAAGUCUAGACCAGUGCUUUUUAUUAUCUACUCAUAUGCCCCUUGUAUUAUCAUUGCUGUAUACACGCAUCUUCUUCUGCAGCAUUCUAGUAUUUUUGGAGCCACCAUUAGCGUCUAUGGUCGCAACCCCGGGUCAACUGAGGGUACUGUCGGAUCAAAAACAACGUGGUACUCUAUGGUUCUUAAUUUGCUUGGAGGCAACUCGAAGGAAGCCUGGCAAUUUUGGGGAUGGGCAAAUAUAUUCAACACUCUUGCACUUUAUGGAAUAGAGCUUUUAUAUGGUGGGUCAGAUAGCCAGGAACUCAUAAGCAAUCAUUUCAAAACUGAUUAG